AUGACUACCCAAAACCCAGCAACCAUCUCUGGCAAUGCUUCCGAUAAUAUAAAGACGUUUUUGGUUGAUCCCCAACUCUCCUUCAAUACUCUUGUCGAAGGAAAUUUCACAACAACUUUUGCACAAUGUAUAGUGGAGAAAAUCUACAUUUCCGAGGUCUCGUUGGUUCAGAAUGUGAUAGAACCGUUGAUGCAGGAGAGCAGGGUGGUCUGCACCAUGCAAGUUGCAGAAGAUAUGAUUAACGGGAUGGGAAACCUCCAUGGAGGAUGUUCUGCACUGCUUGUUGACCUCUGUUCAACAUUGGCUAUGGUGGCGCUACAGAUGCAUAUCACCGGAAAGCCCACUGUCACAGUCUCUCAGGCCAUGAACCUCUCGUUUCAUGCUCCAGCUGGACUUGGAGAAAAUCUGCGAAUUAUCAAUACGAGUAUGUCAAUAGGGACAAGAGUUGUAUCAGCCAAAACGGAGAUAUGGAGUGCUACUCAUCACCGUAUGCUUGUUUCCGGUGUUCAUCUGAAAAUGACACCUACUCGCAAGACGAUUAAGUUAUGA